CGGUCGAGACCCUUCAAAGAAAUCCGCUGCGGGAAGACCAUGGCGACAUCGCCUCUAGUUGCGGAUAACUUCUUAGCUAAGAAAUAUUAACCUUAGGUAAAUUACCAGGUACCUAAGGUAAAUAUUUUGGCUCGGGAGGGUUUUCUCGUAGGGAAAAUAUACUCACGAUGAGUAAUUAUAUCUUCUUCCCUCCGUGAUGAUUUUUCUCCCUUUUUUUUUCUUUUUCUUUUUCUCUCUUUCAUUAUCUUAGGUACCUAUCCUUUCAUAGUUGUUCUACUAGGGCAUCUUCAAAAUCAAGGUUAUUAUCUCUUGGUAUUAGAUAUAGUGGGUGUUUGACUUUGACUUCGUCUUCGCACGUCUGGUCUAUAUGAAAGGUCUAUACCGAUACCGACGAUGACCAGUCAUAUCUCCCUGCUGACGGCAACGGACGCCCGAUCGCAUGUCCACUUAAUUAUCGGCUCGAACCCUCUAGCGGCAGCACGCUGUGGGCAAUCUCUAAGUGCUGGCGCAUCGCCGAUCUUAAUUGCGCCGGAGACGUCAGAGCUGUAUUAUGCGCUGCAAAAACGUGUUGACGAUGGGGAAGUAAAAUGGAUAAGAGAUGUCUUUCGGGACGAGCAUCUUACUACCUUGGGAAGAGAGGAGAUUGGUCACGUAGUAGACGCUGUUUUUGUGACAUCGGGGCCUCGAGAACCUUUAAGCGCACACAUAUCAACCCUCUGCAAGCGCAACCGGAUCCCCGUAAACGUCAUCGACGCGCCGCACCUCUGCUCCUUCUCCCUGCUAUCCACGCACGUCGACGGCCCGCUGCAGGUCGGCAUAACGACGAACGGCCGCGGGUGCAAGCUGGCGUCCAGGAUCCGCCGCGAGGUUGCGGCCUCGCUGCCGCCGAACCUUGGGUCCGCCUGUCUGCGGCUGGGCGACGUGCGCCGAAAGAUACAGGAGGAGGACCAUCUGCUACACAUGGCGCUGGCGGACGGAGACGACAUGGACGUCGACGACUCCGUCGACCAGUCGGCGAGCUUCAACAGGCUCGUCACGGAGGCGGACGUCGACGCGGUGAAGAACAGACGCAUGCGCUGGCUCGGCCAGAUCUGCGAGUACUGGCCGCUGAAACGGCUUGCGGCUAUCACCGACGAGGACGUGGCGAACAUCUUAAAAUCCUAUGACGAUCUCAACUCUUCUUCUUCUUCCUCUUCUCCUCCUUCUUCCAAUAAUAGUAAUAAUAAUAGUAAUAAUUAUGCUGCCGGUACCCAGAAACGCGGGCGCAUCAUCCUUGCGGGCUCGGGCCCGGGCCACCCAGACCUGCUGACGCGGGCGACGCACAAGGCGAUCCGGAGCGCGGACCUGGUGCUCGCGGACAAGCUGGUGCCCUCGGGGGUCCUGGAUCUGAUCCCGCGCCGCACCCCCGUGCACAUCGCGCGCAAGUUCCCCGGGAACGCGGACGCCGCCCAGGCCGAGCUCGAGGAGAUGGCGAUCGCGGGCGCGCGGGAGGGGAAAGUCGUCCUGCGCCUCAAGCAGGGGGAUCCGUAUAUCUACGGGAGGGGAGGCGAAGAGGUGGAGCGGUUUAGGAGCCACGGGCUGGGACUGGGGGAUAAAGGGGCGGUGCCGGUCGUGGUACUGCCGGGCGUUACCUCCGCGCUAUCCGCGCCCCUGUUCGCGGGGAUCCCGCCGACCCAGCGCGACGUCGCGGACCAAGUGCUUAUCUGCACGGGGACGGGGAAGAAAGGCAAGCCCCCGGCUCCGCCCGAAUUCGUGCCUAGCAGGACGGUGGUGUUCCUCAUGGCGCUGCACCGUAUCGCAGGGCUGGUCGAGGAGUUGACGGAACACCUGGAGACGGAAAAGAGCGGGGACGAAAACGGAAACGCAAACGCAAACGAAACUCCCCGCCGCGUGCUCUGGCCCCGGAGCACCCCCUGCGCGGUCAUCGAACGCGCGAGCUGUCCGGACCAGCGCGUCAUACGGACGACGCUGGACCGCGUCGUCGAGGCCGUCGAGCAGGAAGGCAGCAGGCCCCCCGGACUGCUGGUCGUCGGGCGCGCGUGCGAGUUUCUGAACAAGCCCGAGAAGGGCCGGGCGUGGAGUGUCGAGGACGGAUUUAGGGGGUUGGAUUUGGGGCUGGAAGGGUUGGAGGGGUUGGAUCUGGGUGGUGCGUGAUAAGGUGGGUAAAGGGGUGAAGUUAUUUAUUUCUACAUUUAAAAAAAAACGGAUUUAACACGGAAUAUGGGUGGCAUGGGCGGCGUUUUAAAAUAUCUUAGAUGAGAUAUAUAUAUAUGGUUUGAAUUCGGACGUGUCAUGAUACCUUAUCACUUUGGAGUUUUUUAAGUAAUAAUGUGUUUUGGUUUUAUUCUUGUAAUAACGAGUGUUUGCAAUAGACUUUUCGAAGUACCCAACGAAGGCUGUAACUACCUGAGUAGAUUCAUGUAAUUCCCUGGUUUCAUUCUUUUUUUAAUAAAUAUCCGG